GUUAUUUCAAGACAUCACGUUUGGAAAGUAAUGGUUCCUUCACAAAGACCGAAGCGAAGACGAGUAACUUUCAUGGAUUGGAAGAAGUACCACAAACUAAGUGUUAUCAAUGGUUUUAUUGAUGAUCUAGAAAAAGAUUAUCCUGCCAUUUGCACAGUGUCAGUAAUCGGUAAAUCCGUUGAAGGUAGGAAUAUUAAGAUGCUGAAGAUCUCCAACAGUGACGCCGGCAACUCGCCCGUGUGGAUUGACGCAGGCAUACAUUCCCGAGAGUGGAUCAGCAUUGCCGUAGUAACCUAUAUAGCUAACAUUAUUGCCAAAAAUUUCAACAACCUUCCAAAAUCGGUUACCAAUAAGGAUUGGCAUUUUGUACCAGUUUUAAAUCCUGACGGAUAUGAAUAUACCCAUACUCAUGAGCGCAUGUGGCGGAAAAAUCGUGCGAUGCACGAAGGAAAAUGUGUUGGGGUCGACCUUAAUAGAAAUUUUAGCUGUGGAUGGGGUGUCGACGGUGACCAAGGAUCUUCCGCUUCACCUCAUAGUGCUUUCUACAGAGGUCCAGCGCCGUUUUCUGAACCUGAAACAGUCGCCGUUAGGGAUACAAUAAUGGGUUCAAGAACGCCUUUCAAAGUGUUCUUAUCACUUCACAGUUAUUUCGAAUUAAUAAUAUUUCCGUGGGGCCACAAGGCAGAAGCUUGUCCUGAUUAUCUUCAAUUGUUAGAAGGCGGAGCGGUUAUGGCAAGGGCAAUCUACGAAAGCAGUGGUUUGAUCUAUAAAGUGGGAAGUACUAAGGACUUGACAUACAGUGCAUGCGGAACUAGUACGGAUUGGAGUUACACAAUAGCGAAUAUCCCCUUCUCAUAUAUGAUAGAGUUACGGAGCAAAAAACAUAGGUUCAGACUUCCUAGAACUCAGAUCAUAGAAACAGGAAAAGAAAUUUGGAACGCUGUUGGCAAACUUAUGGAAUUUGUUGAUCAAUAUUAA